CCCCUUUAACGAUCCAUUCAAAAGGGAAACCCUAACAAGGCGAACGCCUGAGUUGAGCUGCAGCACACCUUUCUUUGUCAAAGGAAAGAAAGAGGUGAAGAUGGUGUGGUUUCAGUGCGAGGACUGUGGAGAGAACUUGAAGAAGCCAAAGCUGCAAGGCCAUUUCAGGAUUUGCUCUGCUUACAAGCUAUCGUGCAUUGACUGCGGAGAAACAUUCAACCAACAAAGUGUUCAAGGCCACACACAGUGCAUCUCGGAAGCGCCCGAGCCCGAACCCGAGCCGGCGCCCGAACCCGCGGUUUGCCACCCCUUUAACGAUGAUCCAUUCAAAAGGGAAGCCCUAACAAGGCGAACGCCUGAGUUGAGCUGCAGCACAUCUCUCUUUGUUAAAGGAAAGAAAGAGGCGAAGAUGGUGUGGUUUCAGUGCGAGGACUGUGGAGAGAACUUGAAGAAGCCAAAGCUGCAAGGCCAUUUCAGGAUUUGCUCUGCUUACAAGCUAUCGUGCAUUGACUGCGGAGAAACAUUCAACCAACAAAGUGUUCAAGGCCACACACAGUGCAUCUCGGAAGCGGAGAAAUAUGGUCCCAAAGGUCAAGGGAAGACUUCAAAUGCUACACCAGCUAAGCCCAAAAACGAGUCUAAGAAAAAUUUAGAUAUUGAUAUAAAUGUUGGGUUAUCUUCACAUCCCCCCUGGUUCUGUAGCCUCUGUAAUACCAACACUACGAGUAAGCAAACCUUGCUGCUCCAUGCUGAAGGAAAGAAACACAGAGCAAAAGCCCGAGCCUUCCAUGCUUCCCAGCAAAAAUCCAGCCAAACAGAAGAAUCCACUGCAAAUGAGAAGGAUGCCGUUAAUGUCCAUUCGAGGGAAUACUCAACCGAAGAACAAGGAAUCGAGACCAUAGAUGAAAAAAAAGGAAGCGACCCUCCAAAAGCCACUGCUGUAUCUAGCCUGGAAGCAGAAAAAGAAAGUCUGUUGAUGAAAAAGAGAAAAUUCGAUACAUCUGGACAUGGGGGUAAUGGAGAUACUGAGGGCAGAAGUGAUUUGAACAAUGGUGAAGUGAUUCAAGCAGAAAGAGAAGAAGCAGAACCACGUAAGAAAAACAAACACACUAAUUCAAUGUUGCAGAAUGAAGAUCAGACAGGCAUUGUUGGCUCUCCCAAGGAAGCUACCCAUCAGAAAAUAAAGUGGAAGAAGUUAAUUACUUCAAUAUUAAAAUCGAGUCCAGAUGGAGCCAUGAAGAUUAGAAAGCUGCGAAAGCUCGUAUCAAAGGCCCUCCAGGAGUCUGGAAUCACCCAAGAUGAGGCCCAGUUCCAGGACAUGCUCAUGCACAAGAUUAAUUCGAGUUCCCGAUUUAUGCUUGAUAACAAGCUUGUUCAGUUGGCGCCCAAAAGCAGAUCCUGGUUUCAGGAUGCUACGGUCUGAAAUUUCAGCAGAAACAAAAUUGACCAUUGAAGUUCAAGAAGUCAAUGCGAGCAUGAAUGAGCAAACUUCGUCAGCUGGGACCUUGAAAAGCUGGGAAAUGGCAGAUUUACAAUUUUUGGAGGAUUCCAAGGGGAAUCCGUGUGAGUUUUGCCGGAAUUCUUUAUUCAACUUUUUGGAGACUUGCAGAUGUUGGAGCUGGAUUUGUGAGGAUUAUCAUCAUGUCCAAGUGCAAUGUCGAUUAAGUGGGUGUACUUGUUCAUUAGUGCUUUUACUGUUUUGACUAUGCAAUGCAAAACCCAUCAUGGUUUUAAACUCGCUGAUUCUAAAAUCAGCUGAGCCUACUCGAGUCUGACCAAGUUUUAGCUGAGUCACAUGUCGGCUUGGCAGACUGCUGUCUUGAUUAGUCCAUUUGGAGUUUUGGACA